AUGAAUUUCUUUGAGACGAGUUAUCACCACUUCCAUGGCCCCGGCAGCAGCCUCUUGGCCUCGCGGCCCUCAGAGCCCAAGUCAACGUUCUGUACACCGUCGACUGUGCUUAGCCCCCUUUGGGGGUUCUCUAAUCAUCCUCCCCCAGGCGUCCCGGGCCCCAAGUACCUCAGUGAAGACAAGGCAGCAGCAGCAGAAGCAGAAGCAACACCGGCAGCAGCAGCAGCAACUGCAGCAACAGGGUCUACUGGCAAGCCCGUCCCUCCUACGACAUACGGGGAGGCGUUUCAGAGCCGCCAAAGGGUCAUCCCUAUUCUGUACUAUGACAUUCAAGGACAGGAAUACAAACAACAUCUACAAACACUAACACAAGCAGACAACAGCCAACCCGCCGAACCACAAAUCACCCGGCUGAGCCCUCUCUACAAGCCAGAACCCAACACCAGCUUGGGAGUUACUAUGCUGCGCGGAGCAGCAGCAGCAGCGGCAACUCUGACAACACCUGCAUCAGCAGCAACAGCAGCGGUGGCAGCUAGGUCUCACCCAGCUAGGAGAGAGAACAGCAACAGCACCUCCAUCGACACACAAAGGCCAGCUGGCAUUCUUCCUCUCGCCGAAAGCCUGCGGGUAUUCCCCCCCAAACGCUCUGCCUAUCAACGCCUGGUUAACAAUUCAGAUGUUGCAAAUAUCUAA